ACAGCACGCAGCGAAGAGGGCCCGGGGAUGGCCGAGGAGGAGCAGGAGCAGCAGCUCUCCAAGGAGGAGGCCGAGAUGCGGCUGCAGCAGAUGCGCGCCGCCGUCCAGGAGCAGAUGCGCCAGAUCAACAUCCUCGAGAUGGACGCGGCGGAGCACCGGCUCGUGCUCGAGGCGCUCGAUCCGCUGCAGGGCGGGCGCAAGUGCUUCCGGAUGGUUGGCACGGUGAUCGUGGAGCGGACCGUCUCCGACGUCAAGCCGGCGCUCACGGCUAACCUUGAGCAGAUGAAGGCUGCUGUCAAGAAGCUGACAGAGAGCUGCAAAAAGCAGCAGCUGGAGGCCGACGCGUUUGCCGCGAAGCACCGGCUCUCGAGUAAGCAGGGCGCGGCGCAGCAGGCAGAGGAGCAGGAGGGAGCUGACGAGGGGUCGAGCGGUGUGCUCAUAUGACGCGCCCACGGACGCAAGUUCGUGUGGCCCCGAUUGACCGUCGCUGAGGUGGUCUGCCUCGGCUCAUGCUCUUCUAUUAC